GAAGGAAUGUGGUCAUCUUACAGGGGGAGACUGAAGAGAGUCCAACAGAAUGGGCAGGUACCAAUAGGUACUAAGAAGUACCAAUCUGCAUUAUUGGAGGGAAUUCUAAAUCUGAGAUCAUAGCUCCAUGUGAACGCCCCCAAAAGCCAGUGAAGAUUUUUUUUUUUUAAUCAAAAGAGCUACACAUCACGUCACAUUUGCACAUUCCUACGAGGUCAAUUUGAAGCAAGCCAUCUUACCUUUCUGAGCCUGCCUGCUGACUUGUGAAAAUGGAAUAAUACUUCUAAAGUACAAAGAAUAGCCAGGUGUCUUUAAACUAGAAGAAGCGCACAUUUCCUUCAGCGCGUAAUCAUAGUAGCGGGACCCUGGCUCCACUUUCUCCAGUCCCGGGGAUCCCCUUUGCUUACUUUAGUCCAUCCGCUUCCGCGUGCUCCAGAUUGUCUUCAGCCGCCGGUUAAAUUCCAACCGUGGGGAGCCCAAAGCGGUAGCUGUGACGACUUACUUUCUCCCUCUUGGGCUUUCCCCUCCACCUUCGGAGGCUAGAGGGCACCGAAAUUGCGGCUUCGGUUUUCCCCAGGAUCCCGCCGGGCCACCCCACACUUCAUCUCUGGGAACCAUGGCUUCUUCUGAGGUGGCACGGCAUAUGGUCUAUCAGUCUCUUGUGGGAAUCAAAGCAACUUGUGUCACCUCCCAACCAUGUAAAGAAGAAAGGAUAACAGACGAAGACCCUCGUUCUUUAACUAUAACCGGCCAUGUGGGUUUUGAAAGUUUGCCUGAUCAGUUGGUCAACAGGACCCUUCAGCAAGGGUUCUGUUUCAACAUUCUCUGUGUGGGGGAAACUGGAAUCGGAAAGUCGACCCUGAUAGACACGUUGUUUAACACUAAUUUUGAUCACUGCGGUUCCUCUCACUUUCACCCCAAUGUAAGACUUAAAGCCCAAACAUAUGAACUCCAGGAAAGCAAUGUCCGCUUGAAACUGACCAUCGUAAAUACAGUGGGAUUUGGAGACCAGAUAAAUAAAGAAGAUAGCUAUCGACCAAUAGUGGAUUACAUAGAUGCCCAAUUUGAGGCAUAUCUUCAAGAAGAAUUGAAGGUUAAACGUUCACUCUUUAACUACCGAGAUUCUCGAAUCCAUGUUUGCCUUUACUUUAUUGCACCUACAGGGCAUUCCCUUAAGGCUCUUGACUUGUUAACCAUGAAGCAUCUGGAUAGCAGGGUAAACAUCAUUCCGGUGAUUGCCAAAGCUGAUACACUUUCUAAAUGCGACUUGCAGAAGUUUAAGCUUAAACUCAUGAAUGAAUUGGUCUCCAAUGGGAUCCAGUUUUACCAAUUCCCAACAGACGAUGAAACUGUUGCUCAGCUUAAUUCUUCAAUGAAUGGACAUUUACCAUUUGCUGUUGUGGGGAGUACAGAGGAGGUCAAACUUGGGAAUAAGAUGGUGAAAGCUCGUCGGUAUCCCUGGGGCAUUGUACAAGUAGAAAAUGAAAAUCACUGUGACUUUGUAAAGCUCCGGGAAAUGCUUAUUUGCACAAAUAUGGAAGACCUGAGAGAACAAACCCAUAUUCGACACUAUGAAAAUUAUAGGCGUUGCAAACUGGAGGAAACCGGCUUUAAAGAGGUAUGUCCAGAGAAAAAGCCUCUAAGUGUUCUGGAGUCACAAGAAAUCAAAAGGUAUGAUUCCUUUUGUGAACUUCAAAGGAAAGAAGAGGAGAUGAAACAGUUGUUUGUCAAGCGAGUGAAAGAAAAAGAAGCUAUUUUGAAAGAAGCUGAGCGAGAGCUCCAGGCAAAAUUUGAACAUCUUAAAAGACUUCAUCAAGAAGAAAGAAUCAAACUUGAAGAAAGGAGAAGAAAUUUAGAAGAGGAAAUAAGUGCUCUUGGAAAACGGAAAGCUGCAUGUGAACUAAAAGCCAGCCUUUAAAUGCAUCUGGUACCGGUUUAAAGAAAAAACAAAAACUGCUAAGACCUCAACAUUAUGUAAUACAGAAGUUACAGAUUUAUGUAGCACAGAUGGUUACAUAAGCAAAAGUUAUUAAAUGUUUAGAAGUAUGA